GGGUGUGACCGCCGCUUUGGUCCGGCGGGGCCCUGGAGGCAUUGGGUUCUUCCUUCUUGUAUCUGAGUGUCCAAACGAUUGUCUCUUUCCUGUUCCUAGCCGGCGGGACAUGAGUGUCCCUGGGCCGCAGUCCCCGGAUGGGGUCCUCACAAGGCCACCCAAUAGUCUGGAGGCCGGGGAGCCGACACCGGGUUUAAGUGACACUUCUCCAGAUGAAGGGUUAAUAGAGGACUUGACUAUAGAAGACAAAGCUGUGGAGCAACUGGCAGAAGGAUUGCUUUCUCAUUAUUUGCCAGAUCUGCAGAGAUCAAAACAAGCCCUUCAGGAACUCACACAGAACCAAGUUGUAUUAUUAGAUACAUUGGAACAAGAGAUUUCAAAAUUUAAAGAAUGUCAUUCUAUGUUGGAUAUUAAUGCUUUGUUCACUGAGGCUAAACACUAUCAUGCCAAAUUGGUGAAUAUAAGAAAAGAGAUGCUGAUGCUUCAUGAAAAGACAUCAAAGUUAAAAAAAAGAGCACUUAAACUGCAGCAGAAGAGGCAAAAAGAAGAGUUGGAAAGGGAGCAGCAACGAGAGAAGGAAUUUGAAAGAGAAAAGCAGUUAACUGCCAGACCAGCUAAAAGGACAUGAAAAGUUGUGUUUGUGUGUUUUCUUUCCCUAUCCCAUAUUUGGAUUAAGAUGACUUAGGUGUAGACUGAAAUUGAGGUAGUGCCUUAUACCAUGAUUGCUGUGUCUCCAUGUCUUCAUUUCAGCCAUGCAAAAGUCUUUCUAAGUAGCUUACAUAAUGUCACUUCGUUUUGAUAUUUUUAUGUAAUUUUUUCAACUUUUGUUCAAUUUUAAAAUUCAUUAUUUUUGCCUUGAAUCAUUUAUAAACUGGAAAAUGGUUUGUUAUGAGUCUAGAUUCUAGUGGUUAAAAAUUAGUAUAAAUUUUUUAGCUUCUUAAUGAAUGUAGAUUUCAAA